AGGUUAAAAAGGAAGAAAAAAUGAGAGAAAAAAAAGUAUUUUCCAAAAAUAAGAAGAAAAAAAACAAUUUGAUUUAAUUUUAGAUGGAUAAACGGCGAGAGAAGCGAGGAGGGGGGAAAGGGGAGGAGACUACGUACCUGCCGAUUUUGGACUGUUUAAUUUUUAUUUGUUAAAGAGAUAAUUCGUAGGAGUCUCCGGAAUAUUCCGCUAUUCAUUUCGUCGGAAGGUCACUGGAAUUGCAUUGCAUUGCAUUGCACUGCAUUGAGCUUUUCAAUAAAAUUUUAUUUAUAUAUAUUUUCCAAACUUUUUGCGUUUGCGAUUUUUUUUUUUUUUUGGUGAGGGAAGAUGGUGAAUUAUUUGGUGGAGAGAGCUACGAGCGAUAUGCUGGUCGGGCCUGAUUGGGCUAAGAAUACCGAGAUCUGCGAAAUACUUAAACAUGAUCCUGGGCAAGUGAAAGAUGUUGUGAAAGGCAUAAAGAAGAAGCUCAAAAGUAAAAAUCCUAAAGUUCAACUUCUUGCACUAUCACUACUAGAGACUAUGAUACAAAAUUGUGGGGAAAUUGUCCAUAUGCAUGUUGCAGACAGAAAUAUUCUUCCUGAGAUGGUAAAAAUUUUCAAGAAAAGGCCUGAUUAUAGUGUCAAAGAGAAAAUAUUGAUUCUGGUUGACACUUGGCAAGAAGCUUUUGGUGGGGCAAGGGCAAGAUAUCCACAAUAUUUUUCUGCAUAUCAAGAGUUGUUGCGUGCCGGGGCAAUGUUUCCCCAGAGAACUGAGAAGCCUCCUCCUCAAAAUAAACGCAAAUCUGAUCAGCAAGAGACAGCUGAGUCUUCUGAAGAGCCUGACUUCCCAACCCUGAGUUUGACAGAACUUCAGAAUGCCCGGAGUAUCAUGAAUGUCCUUACAGAAAUGCUAAGCGCAAUAGAUCCUGCAAACAAGGAGGGACUUAAGCAGGAUGUCAUAUUUGACUUAGUGGAGCAGUGCCGCACCUUUAAACAAAGAGUUAUUCACCUAGUUAAUUCAACAUCGGAUGAGUCACUUCUAUGCCAAGGUUUGGCAUUGAAUGAUGAUUUGCAGCGGGUACUAGCAAAGCAUCAAUCAUUAGCUACAGGAACUUCUCAAGCAGACAAAAAUAAGCCUGAGCCUGCAAAAGAACCUGCGAAAGCCGGCGGUCCUCUGGUUGAUACUGGUCAUAUCAGCAACCAGUCUAAUGACAGAUCCAUCUCCAGCACUGCUGCAAGUUCUCAACAUACAACUCCAGCAGCAGCGAGUCCCAAAAUAGACCUGCUUAGUUGCAAUGACUACAAUUCGCCAGAGGUAGAUAAUUCACUGGCCAUUGUUCCUUUUGGAGAACCACAACAACCAACUCCUGCACCAGAGCAGAACGCCAUUGUUCUAUAUGAUAUGUUCUCUGAUGGUAACACCACCUAUGAUUCUUCAAGAACACAAGGUUUUGGUGGUCAAACCAAUCCUUUGACUCCUCAAAUUCAGCACCAGCAGAACUUUCACGCGAAUGGAACUGCAGCAAACGUGGGAUCACCUGGAUAUGACAUACAUGGUCUGACUGGACAAACCGAUCCUUGGACUUCUCAAUUUCAGCAGCAACAGAAUUUCCAUGUGAAUGGAACUGCACCAAACAUGGGAUCACCUCAAUAUGAGAAGUCAUAUGCUCAAGGCACAGGUCCUUCCUGGAAUAGUCAGCUGGAUCAGCAUGCCGCAGACCCUUUCUAUGGUACCCAGUAUAGUGGCUCACUACCACCACCACCCUGGGAAGCACAGGGAGCAGACUCUACCCCAGUUGCAGGUGCUCAGUGGCAACCCCAAGGAUCCCAACAUAUGGGAAGUGAUCAGGCGGUGUACAUUCAGCCGAUCACACCUGGUCAUUAUUCGACAAUUAAUAAUCAAGCCAAUCAGGGGAACCAGUUUGCUGAUUUCAACCCCCAACAAAGCCCGGGAACUCAGUACAUGGGCAUUGUUCUACAGCAAAUGCCAAGUGGUCAAAUGACUUCUUACCCUCAACAUACUCAACAAAUGUAUGGAAACCCCCAAAUGGGAGCAUCUGGAUUCGGUCAGCAGCAGUAUCUUGAUGAACAAAUGCAUGGGCUAUCCAUCAGAGAUGAUAAUGGCCUAAGAAACUCUUCGUACCAGGUUUCUACUUCCUCUUACGUUCCACCCAGCAGGCCUUCAAACCCAGAAGAUAGGAUGUUUGGAGACCUUGUUGACAUGGCAAAAGUUAAAUCAACACCAACACCUCCUUGAAGAGCUGGCACAAAAUUUUUCCCCACUUUAAGCUCUCUCGAAAAUUUUAACUACAUAUAACAUAUAUUAUCCAUCUCUUGACUCCUAUUUUGUUCUGCAUGUUUUGGUAUAAGAAUCAUGCACAUCAUCCCCUGUACAGAAAAUGGAAAAACCAAUCCAUUUGGGCUAAGUGGAUAUUUUUGACAUUUGGUUUUCUUUUCUUUUCUUAUUAUUUGUUCAUGUCAUAGAAUGUAUGUAUUGAACUUAUAAGGCUGUUGUAAUAUUUUACUCUUCCCAAUAGGCUAUUUGCUUUCGAUAAA